AUGUCUAAUUCUCUGUUUAUCUCCCCCCCGAACGACACCGCCCACACCUUCGAUACCAACACGUCUCAACCUCCUCACACCUCCUAUUCGACGGCCGCAUCGCAGAAAGAGAAGCAGACGGCCACAUCGUCAGAAGUCUCCUCGCCAUCCGAAAUGAUUUCGCCGCCCAUCACUCCAUUCAAAAAGGGUGAUGCCAUGCCCCAGGAAGGGCCUGCCGGACCGGACAACGAGCUAGCUGGAUCGUCAAAAGACCCUAUCCUCUUCCCGAUUGACCAAAGACCUCAAGAAACCUCCGACGUCCCGCUAUUCGGUCCCGAUAUAUCGGUUUUGGCGCAGCGAAAGACAUUGGCGACGGAAAAGCAGGGUACGAGGAGAGCUAGGCCCCGUAAGAUAUGCGGCCGCAGCCGAGUGAUAGAGGGAUUCAACCGCGACCCUCGCGCCUGGCUUGAGUUCGAGAACAAGCAAUUAGAGAGGAUGUAUGGAAAACCAGUCGGUCGGGCCACGAACGCCAAAUCGAAGAAGAGUAGCCCGAAGACGAAGGUAAUCCAAGCGAAGGCCAGCGGAGUGCAGAAGCCGCAGCAUACAAUGCGGACACGCAAAUCGACGACCCAGGAGCCAGCGGAAAAACCCUCGCCCAUUACUCCUGUGAAGGCGGCACCCAAGCCUCGCGUCAUCGGCACCAAUCGCGAUGUCACGGAUUAUCGGUCUAUCGUCGACUAUAGCCCUCCCAUCUCGACGCUGGACACGGCAAAGGGAUUCAAGGCGGAAUGGAAAGGACAGAUGCUUGACCUCAGCGAGGAUCCAGACCGGGAGAUACUUCACCGAGAUGAGCUUACUCUCGCCGCCACCCUUCGUCUUUCUUGCAAUAGCUACCUGUGCAACAAACGCCGCAUCUUCGUGGCUUGCAUCAAUUCGUUUCGUUGCCGCAAGGACUUUCGGAAAACGGAUGCUCAGCAGGCGUGCAAGAUCGACGUGAACAAAGCGAGCAAGUUGUGGCUAGCAUUCGACCGGGCUGGAUGGUUCCAGCCGAAGUAUUUUACCCAAUAUCUUUGA